GGAGUUUAUAAAAUUCACAUCCGGUACAGUAGAUGCCAACUUUUUGUUGACAAUAACACUAGCAGCAUUUUGAGCCACUUCCGUUGACUUGAUGAACAGUUCUUCGGCUUCAAGUAUAUUAUGAAAUGAGUAGUGAAAAGCGCCGGCGCGUAAGGGUCCAGGGAGGCUGGGCUGCUUCAUCAGGUCCCAGAUCUGACCAACACAAGCCUAAACCUCACACAGAACCAGCGUGGCUUGGGAAGAAUGUAGAUCAACCUACCAAGAAAAAGUUUGUGUUCCAGAAACCAACAGAGCUUAUUCGGGAAAAGCCAGAAGAAGAAACAAUUAUAAAACCAGGGGUAUAUGAUGUAAGUGAAGGGCCAAGUGGGCUAUCUAGAUUAAGACUUUUCCCAGUAUUCCUAGACCCUAAAGAGGCUGAUUGGAUGUUUGAUGAACUUUAUCAUGAGUUACCAUGGCGACAAAGAAAUGAUCUCAAGAUAAAUGGAGAAAGCUAUGCACAACCAAGACUUACAGCUUGGUUUGGAGAUCUUCCAUAUUCCUAUUCUGGCCUGACCUGGGACCCUAACCCUAAUUGGUCUCCUCUGCUGAUCAUGUUGAAGGACAGACUGGCAGAAGUGACAGGCUACACAUUUAACAGCAUGCUGGGUAAUUUAUACCGUGACUGCCAUGACAGUGUGGACUGGCACAGUGAUGAUGAGAAGUCAUUAGGACAUCAUCCAACCAUUGCUUCUCUGUCAUUUGGUGACACAAGGAACUUUUUACUAAGGAAGAAACCACCACCU